AUGAAUACUGCGCAAGACGAAGCACCGAAGGGGAACCUCACUCGGGUAUACGCUCCUCGAGAUGAGGGACCGAGGCCGGAUCCAAGAAAUCGUUGCCGGCAACGAUUUCUUGGAUCCGGCCUCGGACCGGUCAAUGUAAUUGCUGUCCACGGUAUGAACACGGAAUCACCAGCAACAUGGCGAGCAUUCCGUAAUCAUCGAGACAGCAAUGAUGGCUACGUCGAUUGGCUCGCCGAUGCAGAUAUGCUCCCAAAUAUGAUCCCUUCCUCGCCAAUUUGGACCUUCCACUAUAACACUUCAUGGCAAUCCGAUGCUCCAUUUGAGCGUCUGCACAAUCUUGCAGACAAACUGCUACUAUCACUAGACAGUAUUCUCUUUCAACGUCCACUUGCACUCGUGCGUGCGAAGGGCACCCAGUCACGCUUCCUGCAUAUACUACGUGCCACGAUAGGAGUGAUGUUCUUGGGAUCACCGCUGCGACGCGGACCAGCACUAACUAGCCUUGGGCGAUCGGCAGUUGCGCUCCGCAGUGUAUUACAGCAAUUGCUAGAAGACUUCAGCGCAACUGUCAUUAUGAAGGAACUGCGGGUACAGAUCUGGUGCUUCUAUGAGCUAAAGAGAACAAAAAAGAGAGGCUUUCUGGACUUCGUUGUUAACCGAGACGCUGCGUGCAUUGACGGCCACCCCUCGAUAGGGCUCGACGCGAAUCACACCAUGAUGAACAAAUUUUUCGGACCACAUGAUAAGAAUUAUGAAUUGGUUUCUGCUGAGAUACGCGACGUCGUCGAAAAUUAUAUGUCGACAAUCGACCAAAGUCUGACAGGCUAUGAAAGUGACGAACACCGCAAAUGUCAUCAAGCCUUCAAAACAUCCAGUUAUGAGGAAUACAAGAACAUCACCCCCGAUCGAGUCCCAGGCACAUGUAUGUGGGUUCUAGAAGACCCCAAGUACAAUGAUUGGCGGCAGAAUCAGCGAGAUGACCUACUCUGGCUUUCUGCAGACCCAGGUUGUGGCAAAACAGUGCUGUCCAAGUCGCUCAUUGAUAAUGAGCUUUGCGACACAGACACAAGCCUGACCUGCUACUUCUUCUUCAAAGACAAUGAAGAGCAAAACAGUAUUUCUACCGCCUUGUGUGCACUAUUGCAUCAGCUUUUCGCCAAAAAGCCCCGUCUUCUGCGACACGCAAUGAAGAGUUGGGAACAGAAUGGAAGCAAGCUGCAGCAGGAAACACAUGCUUUGUGGCAAAUUUUCAUUGCUGCUACAACCGAUCCUAUUGCGGGCAACGUCACCUGCGUCUUAGACGCUCUUGAUGAAUGUAAAGAGAUUGAAGCAAGAAGAUUGAUCCGAUUUCUGAAUCAAUUCUAUACCUCCUCCUUUCAAGGCACUCAGAGGAGCUCUCAAUUAAAAUUCAUAGUAACAAGCCGGCCAUAUGAUGAAAUCGCGCGCAGCUUUCGCGGUAUCCCAGAUGACCUUCCUACCAUAAGACUGUUUGGAGAGCGCGAAAACGACAAGAUCAGUUUAGAAAUCAACAGAGUUAUCCACGUCAGAGUUCAAGAAAUAUCUAAAGAGUUGGGGCUUGAAGAGGACGCACAGUCAACUCUGAAGGAAAAGCUACUGAGUAUAACGCACAGAACCUACCUUUGGCUUCAUCUGGUGAUUGAAGAAGUUCGCAGCAGUUUGGAGCGAACCCCGAAAGGCAUCAUUGGUAUAAUCGCUUCCAUUCCAAACACGGUCGAAGAUGUCUACGAAAUGCUUCUCAAUAGGAACAAGAAGAAUCCCCGAAAGGUUGAACAUGCUCGGAAGCUUCUUCACAUAAUUCUAGCUGCAAGACGGCCGCUUUUGCUGAAAGAGUUGGACGUGGCAUAUCAUAUAGCUACGGAGUACCCCGUGGGCUCAUACAACGAGCUUCAUCUUGACGAAAAGCAUUUCGAGGACAAAGUUCGAAAUCUUUGUGGUCCCUUCGUUUUCGUCAAUGACCUAAGAGUCUAUCUGAUUCACCAGACUGCAAAAGAAUUCCUAGUGGGCAAAGGUCUACCUAUCGAGGCAGGAUGUAAUUGGAAACAUUCAUUAGAAGAAUGUUAUUCUGAGAAGGUCAUGGCAGAAAUUUGCAUUUAUUACAUUCUCUUCAAAGAUUUUGAUGGUCCUCAUGCUAUCAAAGACAAAAAGAUCAAACAUAACAAGAGAAAAGAGGUGGAUUUCCUACCUGAAGUGAGGCCUGAAUUUAGUUUUAUAGGUUAUGCGGCAAUGCAUUGGGCUUCCCACUUCCGGAGAGCCGCCGCUGAAGAACAAGAUCGUCUCCUGGAGUCAAAUUUGAUGUUGUGCAAUCCAGAGUCUCGGCGCGCUCAGCUUUGGUAUUCCAUUUCUUGUGAAGAUGGAAAGGCAUCCUCAUUGCACGAUGAAGGUCUUACCAAUCUCCAUCUUGCCGCAUUGAAUGGGCACGAGGCACUAGCGAAGCUGCUUCUUCAAAGAGAUGAGUCUAAACUCAAUCUGAGAGACAGUAAUGGCUGCACGCCGUUACAUUGGGCAGCUAAGUAUGGGUAUGAGGAGGUAGUGAAGGUAUUGCUCACCGAGGGCAAAGCUGAGGUUGACUCCGAGUACGUACAGAAGCAGACGCCGCUACUCCGGACCACAGAGACAGGGCAUGAAGCGGGUAUGGACCUACCGCUUGGUACAAGCAAAAUUGAAGUGGACGCAAAGAAUACAUAUGGUAAGACGCCGUUAUCGCUUGCCGCCCGGAAUGGGCAUGAGGCUGUGGUGAAGCUAUUACUCAACAUGGAUAAGGUUGACAUAAACUUACUACUCAUAAAGGCAGUCCGUCGAAGGAGGUUAUCAGUGGCAAAACUACUGCUUGAGACAGAAAACUUUGACCUAAAACAAAUCACAUACAAGAACGCAUUCGACGAUGCCUGUGCAAACGGCCAUGUGGACGUGAUGGAGCUACUGCUUCGAACAGGCCGAGUUGAUGUUAAUUCAACAAAUCGCCAUGGCUAUACACCGCUAUCUGAGGCAAUCCAGGAAGGACGCGCAUCUGUUGUACAGCUGCUACUUGACCAUGACGAGGUUGACCUGAACUUGCAGGACGAUAAGGGUCGCACAGCUCUACAUCGGGCGUCUUCAAAAAGGAAGACGGACAUGGUGACGCUACUACUUGGUACCGGCAACGUUGAUGUCAAUCUGAAAGAUGGGUUUGGCAAAACAUCGUUACAUAUGGCAGCUGACCGCGGACAUGCAUCCGUUGUACAGCUACUGUCUGCCAACGACGAGGUUGACCUGAAUUUGCAGGAUGCUUGGGGCUGGACAGCACUUCAUUAUGCGUCAAGUAGGGUAAAGGAAAGUGUGGUGGAGCUAUUACUUGAUACUGAGAAGUCAGAGGUGAAUCUUAAGAAUUGUCAAGGCGAGACUGCAUUACAGAUAGCAUCCCAAUACGGCAACAAGAAUGUGGUCAAGUUACUUCUUGAGAAAGGUAAAAUAGAUGUGGAUGUUAAGAAUGACCGAGGCGAAACAGCACUACAUUUGGCAUCCAGAAAGGGUAACAGGGACGUGGUACAACUACUGCUUGAGGCGGGCAAGUCAGAGAUACACCUUAAGAAUAACCUGGGCCAAACAGCGCUACACUUGGCAUGCGGACGACCUCGUCGGUCAAACAUACUAGUACACUUACUUCUUGAGAGAAGCAAGGCAGAGGUGGAUGUACAAGAUAAAUCGGGCACCACAGCGCUACAUUACGCGUCCUAUUACGGGAAUACGCACCUGGUAUAUUUACUUCUGGAAAUGGGCAAGGCAGAGGUAAAUCUGAAGAACACGAGGGGCCUGACAGCGUUGCAAUUGGCAUCUCGGCGUGGGCACCAGGAGGUGGUGAAGUUGCUUCAGCACCACGCACGGCUACGGUAA